AUGGAAAAUCGGAAUUCGCUUUCGAAUUUUCCAUCUCCAUCACAGUUUAAUACUUAUGAGGACUAUAUACGAGCUGUGAGGAAAUGGAAGAGAGCAAUUCAAGAAAUUCCUCCAAAUAAAGUUCAAGAAGAUCUUCCAACGGCUUUUUUACGUUCUCCUAAAUUCGAUCAUAAAUAUCCUAAGAAAAGUGAUAACCCACCGUUUGAAAAGAAAGUCGAUCUUCUCGAAACUAUUUUAAUUCCAUCAAAAAAUUCUCGUUUAACUGAAGAAGAAACUAAAAAUUGGAUUUUUCCGAAUGGCAUAUGGACAGGCGUAAGGCUCGAUUCCUUCCCGAUUCCUGAAUUUUACCCUUCGGAAGAUUUAUUUGAUAAAGAUGCGAUAAUUUGGGCCGAAAAUACAGAAAAGGAAGUUCACACCAAGGCAACUGAAUUUAAUUCAUUCGGAUAUACAGUUAGCAGACCAAGUUUUACAGUAGGAUACAAACAAAACAAAGAUAAAACUUUAAUUUUUACAGACCAAGAAUUAUUCACUCCGAAAUCUAUUGGCGAUGCCAUAAGUACUCCAGUCUUUGAAACUAAUUAUGCUCCUGCCACUAGAAAGCAGCAAAAGCAUCCAGAAUUAGAUCCAAAUAGUUUCUACGCAAAAGUUUUGAAAAAGAACUUAAUUCCGUGCGAAUCAACAUCUCACAUACAAGCUCUUAAAUCCGCUUAUCUUUCUAUGCCAUAUUUCACGGGUAAUUUAAGAACUCCUCCACAACUACAGAAUUUAUUCCACUACCCGCUAGAAACACAGUUUAUCGGUCCGAGGUCAUUCAUACAGAAGAUAAAUUCUUCAGGAUUAAUCUCUUCCAAACAAUUUCAAUAUUAUCUCACCAAAAAUCCAAAUACUUAUUCAGUAGAAAUGCGAACCGAACUCAGGGAUUUCUUCUUCUUCCAAUUCGAGACACAACGAUUCGAUAUUCUUAACAAAUUAUACAACCAAUACAUAUUCUUACUUUGUCUUACAGAUAUCUUAGUACAGCCCGUCAACAUUGAUUACCCCGCCUUUGAGGCUGCCGAAAAGACUCCAGUUAAGCUUCUUUCCCGAGCACAUUCAGUAUUUGCUCAUGUUUCUCUUUCUCGUGCCUUAGUUAAGAUUGCAUUGACCAUCAAAUACAAACCACUUACGAAUUACCUCAAAUCUGCCGUAAAAGAAGCUGAUUCUGCCCUUUCAUCGUUUUUCAAUCAGAAUUCUAAGACAUUGAUCUCGAUUAUCAACAAUUCUUUCGACGAACACAGUUUCCAGAUAUCUGUUUUCCUGUUCCUUGUUGCUGAUUCCCUUCAAACUAAUCAAUGUAAGAAUUUUAUCAACGGAUUAAGCAUCAGAUUCCUUUCCAAGCUGUUCAAGAAAGCACCUCAUCUCAAGAACAACGUAAUUUACAGGAUUUGCUCGAGAAAACAAAUUUGUUCGUUGUUAUUUGAUCGUCUUUUCUUUGAUUUCGAGACCAACAUAGAGUACGUCAAGAAGAUGGCCCGAUUCUUCACCAAUCUGUGCUAUUGCGGUGGAGAUAUCUUGCCAUCAAAUUUCUAUAAGAAAUGUGACGGUCUGAUCAUCCUGAUUUCGAAUCUCUGUGCUCAUAUCAAGACAAACUGUGAUUUCGAGUACGUCCUUUUGACGAAUAAACUCGUAAAACUUGUUAUGAGAUAUCGGAAGCUGAAUUACACAGCAAACUCCGACCAUUGGACGAAAUUCAUAAAGAACUCGUCAUCAUUGUUACUCUCCAUGCUUGAGAACCUUCUUUCUAUCCCGAAUUCCAAGAAAUUCACUCAUUUAACUGUAGACGCCGUUGCUUCUUUAGCUUCGGACCCCCGCUACGGCGAAUUCUUCUGUGAUGAAAAGAACUCUUAUUUCAUCAUGUCUCUUCUUUCUUCUUCGGAUAAUUAUAUUGUCCAUUGCGCUUACAAGAUUUUAUGCAGAUUUUUGUUGAAUGACGAUAAGAGCUUUGCAAAGAUCUUCUUCGUCGAAGGAGAUUUCCACAGGCAUCUUGUAAAUUCGAUAAAAAUUGUUGAUAUUCCUUGUUACAUCGAUAUCAUCAAGAUCGUUUACAAAUCGGCCCUAAAAUUUGUGGAUCCCGAUCCAAUUGAUGAUAAAUCUUCGCAAAUGGGCUUUCUUUUCUCAAUUGCGACGGUUCCAAGGCAAUAUCUCAAUUUAAUACAAAUAAUUGAUGCUGCAGAGUUCAACAUUACUAACUCUGUUAAGGUUCUUGCAGCAAAUAAGAAAGAUCCGGUUAUUGCAAGAAGAUUCCAUCACAUUCAUAAUCUUAGAAAGGUUCUUAGGGUUAGAUCAUCUGCUUCGAAGCUUGCCUUUAAGAUUAAGGCUUAA